AUGGACACUCUUCCUGCGGAAAUCAUCCUCACCAUCGGUAGCCAUGUCUCUGACGUAGACGACAGACUCCGGUUGCUUCAAGGCAGAUCAGCAGAUCUCCGGAGGAGCAGAAAGACUGGACCGAGAAUCUCCGAGGUGCGAAUCAGGAAGCAUGGCUUGCUCUUCUUCUUGCCUCGGUGCCGAAUCUCACCACGCUGUCUGGGCGAUACUGUACUAGACGCGCCGAGAGUGACGCUGGUUGUUGCGCGGGCUGCACGCAAGGAACCACCGUUUGACACCAGGCCGGUCCUGCAGUGGUUGGAGACGCUUCAUAUCAUCUCCGACGAUAUGAAGGAUGUCUAUCCGCACUGGCAGUUUCUGCCAUUCUUCCACCUGCCAUCGCAUAGUAAUGUGAACUUGGGCGCCGUGAAAGAAUACAGAGAAUGGACUAGACUGAACCACCCGGCUGUGUCUUCCGCGUCAGGAACGUCGCCCGUGGAGUCACUGGUUCUGGAAUCUCACCGUAAUGGAAGAAAAGGAAUGGCGGAGUUUAUCACCUCGUGCGCCAACCUCAAACAAUUCAAAUACCAGCAUGACGACACGGAGGACUGGGCGGAGUCACGCAAAAACUUUCAACCCCGGAAGUUCUACAGGGCGCUGCUGACGCAGAAGCACAGCCUCGAGGUCCUCCAUCUGAGCGACAAUGCCCGGGUGAGCGGGUUUCCGUCAGACGAUGAGGAUGAUGACGGCCCCGGACCCUUUGAUCGGUGGCUUGGAUCACUGGCGGAAUUCAGGAACCUACAGGAUCUUCGCAUCCGCAUCGACAACCUUCUCAAUUUCCAUUACCGCGAUAAAGACAAAUCGGUCGUGCCCAAGGACACUCUACCUUCCAGCUUGAGGUCGCUACAUGUAUCCGAAUUCUGGCCACACCACUGCGCGGUGCUCGUGCCGAAUCUGCAAGGAGUCCUUGCUCAUCACAAGGAGAGGUUCGCUAACCUAGAACGCAUCUGUAUUUUGUCCGGGUUAUGUGAGAAAGUAUCUGAAGAGCAGAUCUGGGCUAUCUAUCCACAUGAGAACCCGAUUCCGGAAUCAGUAAAGAAACCGUUUGUGCCUGUCAAGGAGAUGUGUAACCGAGCGGGUGUAGAGUUCGAAUUGAAGCUGGGUCGGUCGUGUGCCAUCGCGAAUGACACACCAUAUUUCAUUUUUCGCCGCUGA